GUGUGUGUGCGUGUGUGUGUCGCACCACCAUGCCGAGGUCUUUCCUGGUGAAAAAGGUGAAACUGGAUGAUUUCUCCACCGCGGAUGAUUUGGAGAGCGCCUACCGGCCCAGGACGGAGCUCAGCCUGCGGCUACAUGACAAGGCUGGCUACAUCAGCGACUACAUCAGCCCGUCGGUGUACGACGGCGAGAGCGACGGCGGGAUCAAGGUGCCCUCGCCGGACCCCCUCUACGACGGCAUCCACAGUGACUAUGGAGCCCCGGACUCGGAGUCUCCCGACAGCCCGGGCUCCGAGCUCACCGACGGCUACAUCAACGGCGACGCGGCGGUCAGCGACGGCUACUCGGUGGACGCCUUUUACAUCACGGAUGGCCGCUCGAGGAGGAAAGCCAUGGGGAGCCCUCGCAGCAUCCAGAGGCACACGUGCAACGAAUGCGGCAAGACCUACGCCACCUCGUCCAACCUGAGCCGACACAAACAGACGCACCGCUCGCUGGACAGCAAGCUGGCCAAAAAAUGUCCCACCUGCGGCAAGGUGUACGUGUCCAUGCCCGCCAUGGCCAUGCACCUGCUGACGCACGACCUCAAACACAAGUGCGACGUGUGCGGCAAAGCCUUCAGUCGGCCGUGGCUCUUGCAGGGCCACAUGCGCUCGCACACGGGCGAGAAGCCCUUCGGCUGCGCCCACUGCGGGAAAGCCUUCGCGGACCGCUCGAACCUGCGCGCUCACAUGCAGACGCACUCGGCCUUCAAGCACUUCAAGUGCAAACGCUGCAACAAGACCUUCGCGCUCAAGAGUUACCUGAACAAGCACUACGAGUCGGCCUGCUUCAAAGGCCCCUUCUCUCCUCUCGGGCCCCUGGAUGCAUGACCCCCCCGUACCACUUGCAAAAAAGACCACAAACUCGCCAUUUUCCCUACAAAUGGACACAAACCAUCUAUUUUGUGUUCCGAUCUGGCUUUUGCUUCCUUGCUCACAUUCUGCAACUCGCUUGCCCCCGCGGCCAGUUAAUGGUGAUGAUGAUAGCACAAUUUCUCUCCUCGCGAUGAAGGAUGGAACCGUUUUACGCAUGCAAAAACUCUUGACUUUUUCCUCCCUGUUCCGGAUAGAGACAAUAACGACACAAACACGGCUUUUAUCUGGCAUGGAGGCGCGGGUCAGACUUUCAGGAGGAUGACAAUAGCGACAGCAAGCUAACGGUUGUUGGCUUCCUCUCUGCACUUCUACGCGUAGAAAGAGGGUUUUUUUCUUUCCCUAUGGCUUUUGGAAGAAUAAUCGUAAUAAUUAUAGUAAUAACAAUGAUAAUAACGCUUAUGUUCUUCUGCACCAAGUGACCAUAUUCUCUCCACUACCGAGGUAGAAAAAAACAAACCUCCCCCUAUUUAUAUAUUUAUUUAUUUAUUCCUUCAUUUUGCUAUUUAUUAGUUACUUAUUUGUCAAGUAAGUUUUUUAUGUUGCACUUUACUUUUUAUUUACUUCCUAUUUCUACCACAACAGGCCAAAGCAUAUGCCACAGUUUUUUUUCGUUUUGUUGUAGGGUUUUUAUUUUUUUAAUAUAAUGGUUAUUUGCAUGCAAAAAAAUUGAAUCUAUGCCAACAUCAUAUGAAGCUUUAUUUUUGUUCUUUUUAAAUUUUUAAUUUUUGUGUCUUUUUUGGGGGGGCAGAAAUGUAAUAGAUGAGGGCAAUAUUUUUCUCUUGGAGCCUCCGCAGAUUUUUUUCAAAGCAAUAAUCACACUAAUGCAUGGUAUUUUAUGAUGAAUUUACGAAGUAUUACCUACUACUGUAUAGCAGUUUUAAAAAUCAGGUAUGUUUUACUUCAUCGAUAGUUAUACACAGAAAAAGACAAACAUUGCAGACAUCAGGGAACAUGCCAAUGUAGUGUUAGCAAAACAAAAAGAAACAAAAUGUCUUUCCUCUCGUUAUGCACUGCCUGCCUCUUAGUGAGUAGAACUAACGUAGGAUUUGGAGAGGGGGGAGGGAGGCGAGGAGCUGGGAUCAGCGACUUGCUGGAUUUGGUGCCUGUUGUUCAUUUCAGUCCUGGAUAAAUAAACACGUGUAACACCGAUCAUCAAAAAUUCAAACAGGUAUAAGACUGCAGUGGAGGCUGUGACGUGAAGGGGCAUCCAAGUUGCCAAGUGUUCAACUUGAAUGCAAUGCAUUAUUCAACCGCACAUCAAGUGUGCUUUCUUAGACCGCGGAAAAAGCGCGCACUUAUGGCUGGAUGGCCUGGCACCUUCACAGUUACAACUCCACCCCCCGCAUACUGUACAUUAUUCUGCAGCAGGCACCAUUCAUUUCUAUUGAGCCAACCAACAGGAUUAACACGCAAGUCAUAUAAGGUCCCUGAACAAUACACGGCGAGAGUGUUGAGCAAUACGGCUGAUAACAGUGUGGCUGAACCCAGCUCUCUAAGCCGCCCCCCCACCCAAAAAAAAAAAAAACAUCCGCUGUAGAUUCCUGGAGCUUCCCUGGAGACGCUCACAGGACACACACAACUGUGCCAAAACAUUUGUGCUGGGUAAUGACGAGUUGGCGUUACGUAAUGUGGAAAAGACUCUCACGCGAGCACACACUCGGAGCGACCCGGAGAGAACAUCUGCGUUGUCUGAACUCGGCACCCCAGUCAAGCUCCCUACAAUUGGAGAUAAGAGGUUUAAUAUGAACAAGUGAUUCUUCUAAAAAAGAACUUGGGAUAAUUGCGUCAGUUCCUCGGGCGUGUGUAACCUUUAGUUAAUCUCACUUUGAGAUGAAGAUGCUGAGUUUAAUCGGGAGAUUAUUCAAUUAGUGAUUUGCCUUCCACUGCGCAUUAUUUUAAGGUGACAAGGAUAAAAAAAAAAAAGAGUUUGCACUGAACAUGCACUUAUGCCCUACUUUUACCUUCAUCUCUGAUCGAAACUAACAGCUCUUGUAUGAAGACAAACGCUUCUGAGAAUGUUGUGAAGGCGGCAAUUUUGUCAAAAGGGUGUUAUGUUGCAGCCGUCGAUCUCAUCUUGAGCUCUUUGAAAAAUGAGUCUCAAUAGCCGAAAUAUUUUUAGCCGGGAAUUAAAAAAAAAAAAGCAAAGCAAAACAUAAAAAGAAUAGAAGAACAAAAUCCACGGAGAUGAAGAUAAAGUGGGAAAAUUUGUUGACUGUGAAAUCGAUACAAUACCAUAAAGGAGCUUAAUAGCAGAUAAGAAAUAAGAGAAUUAUGUGAAGAACAUGCACAGGAAUAAUUCAAAUGGAAGUCAGCAGAACGCAGACCUCCGCUAAGGCGAUACAAUCCUCAUUCUGUCUCGUUUGAUUGGCAGAAUAAUGAGCGUGAUUAUGUUCCACUCCUGUCCUGUAGGUGGCGGUCAAGAGUAUUACAAGACUGAACAAAAUAACGAUGAUUGUUGAUGACUUGCUCACAACCCUCCCAAACCGACAAGGACAUAAAACGAGGUUUCAAAACGAUGAAAAAAAAAAAAUCAAACCUGCUUCCCCCGAAUGCGCAGAAACCGCGGCCCACUCAAUCGUCAAUAAUAUCCGGCAAAUUCCUUCCAAGCACGUGUAAUGUAUUUCUUAACAAAUCUCCGAAUUCUCCCGCCAGGUUCUUUAAGAGCAAUAAUCACCUGAAAAUACGGUGUUUGAUCACAAGGUUCAGGUUUGGUUGCAGUUGUGCGUCUCCUUGUGAGAUCUUUUGCUCUCCAAGCACUUCCAUUCCAAUCAUGUCCACCUUCAAAGAAAGUAGCACAAUGAAACUAACUAGAAUUCAGGUAGAGAAGAAUUGAAAACUUGUACUAGCUUGACCUCUCUUCUUUUUUCUUUCUUUCCUUCUUUUUUUUUUUUUGUAUUUUCGAGCUGAAGGGCGCUACGUUGACCGAACUAAUCACUUCUUGGACGAUGGGUCCGUAAGGCUUUGUGAGGCGUUUUUAACCGCUGUACAGUGAUAUCUGACACGAUUAAUCUCAGGAGAUUCUUGGCUCUCGGGUGCAGAGGCAGGAUCUCCUGAGUCUUUUGAGCCAGUAUUUAGACAAUGUAAGCACAAUGAACACAAAGCAUUUUGUGGCACUUCAUAAUAAAGAACUAUCUUAACCAAUAAA